AUGCAGUUCUUGGCAGAAGAAGUGGAAGGUGUAGUUGCAGCACAAAGAGUUAAAGGACAUUGGCCUCAAUAUUGUGAAACUGUUACAGACUAUGAUACUCGUGUUCAGAAACUUAAAACUUCAAAUCGCUGCUUUCUGUGUACUAACCGUGGUCAUAGAGUUUCAAACUGCCCAAGAAAAAAUACUGCACGAUGCACUAAAUGCAAGAAAAGGCAUCAUGUUUCUAUUUGUCCUCCUGUUGAAAACAAUCAACUGCGGAUAACUAACAGUGCUGUAAAUCACAUAACCUUUCCUAAAACAAUUUUCACACAUUUGCAAACUGCUCGUGUGUAUGUUACUGGCCCCACAGGCAUUACUAAAUUAACACGCUGCAUUUUAGAUGGUGGUAGCCAAGCAAGUUUUGUUCACACAAACCUCAUUGAAAAACUUAAGCUUAAAGUUGUCAGUUCUGCCUCACUUUCAGUUCAAGCAUUUGAAUCUUUUACUUCACAAGAACAACGUAGAUGUGUUCAACUGUCACUUUCAAGUUUGUGGAGCAACCAAGCAUUUUUGAUCUCCGCAUUUGAAAGCUCCAAUUCCUAUACUACACAUCCUACUGCUCCACCAGAAAUAGUUCACUUUGCUCAGAAGAAAAGAUUGAGAAUUGCUGAUCCUCCGGAUGACUCUUCACUGCCCAUAGAAAUACUUAUUGGUGGUGAUCAUUAUUGGCAAAUUGUUUCCACAGAAGCUCCAAUCAAGCUUUCAGAAUCUUUUGUUAUGGUACCGUCAGUGUUUGGAUGGGUUCUUAGUGGAACAAGAACACAUACUACAAUCGCUGAGAAGACUUCUGUCCAUCAAGUUUGUGUGCAAGUUAAAACUGAUUGUUUAAAUGAUCAGGUACGUCGCUUCUGGGAAUUAGACUCCAUAGGGAUACAAGAUGCGCAGAAACGAAAAAUGACUACUCGAGAUGAAGAAAUUUUAUCAGAAUUUCACAAAACUUACAACACUGAAGACAAUCGAAGAAUUGUGUCUCUGCCUAGAAAACCAUUGGUCACACCUUUGCCUACAAACAAAAUUAUAGCGGAAAACAGAUUUCAUUCUCUUCAAAAAAGACUUGCAUCUAGUGAUGUGUUAAAGACACAAUAUGACAAAUGCAUGCUGAAUUACAUUGAACAAAAGCAUGUUGAAGUUUGUUCCAUAGAUGAAUCCAAUGAGAAGCCAGUAUAUUACCUUCCUCAUCAUGCUGUAAGAAAGAAAACGCAAUCUGAAACCAAGUGGAGAAUUGUGUUUGAUGCUUCCUCGCAUGCUCCAGGAAUGAUUUCACUGAACGAUACCUUGGAAGCUGGCCCGAAUCUUCUUCCUGAAUCUAUUGGUUGUCUACUAAGAUUUCGAUUGCAUGAAUUCGCUGUUACAUGUGAUGGUAAGCAAGCUUUUUUACAGUUGUCACUACAUAAAGAAGAUAGGGACGUCACAAAAUUUUUCUGGUACAAAUUAAAAUCUGAUUCAUCUCAACCUACUACUUUUACAGAUGAAAUAACUGUUUACAGAUUUACUCGUUUACCAUUUGGCCUUACUUGCAGUCCGUUUUUACUCUGUGCUGCGACACGAGAAUUGGCUGCAAAACAUAUCGCAGAAUUUCCAAUUGCUGCACCAAUGAUAGAUAAACAUCUCUAUAUGGAUGACUUUCUUGCUAGUAUGGAAACUGAAUCACGUAUUGUAAUGCUAUACCACAAGAUCAAGAAUUUAAUGGCUCUAAUGAAAUUGCCUAUGGAAAAAUGGGCUACAAACUCUUUGAAACUCAAAGAUGUACUACAAACACAUGAAGAAUCUCACAAAACGGAAACAACUGUCUUAGGUAUUGGCUGGAAUACAACUUCUGAUACUUUGAAGCAUGCAUUCAAGACUUCCCUCUGUGUUUCUACAGACAAACCACUUACAAAGAGAUGGUUACUCCGCUGCAUUGCUAGUUUUUAUGAUCCCUUAGGCCUUUUUUCACCGUUUACUAUUCUUGGGAAAAUCUUAUUCCAAGAUACAUGGAUUCUUGGAAUCAAGUGGGAUGAAUUACUACCUGCUAAUUUAUCAACUUUAUGGUAUGCAGCUGUGAAAGAACUUGAUGACAUUUGCUCCCUUCAAAUUCCUCGAUGCAUAGGCAUUUCAUCACAUGUUCCUUUUCCUUUUGCUAUUCAUGUGUUUUGCGACGCAUCUGAAAGUGUCUAUGGUUCAGUUCUGUACAUUGUUACCUUUAAAGGUGACCAAUCGAAUGUGAAUUUAGUGUGUGUAGUCGCAACAAACUAG